AUGAGAGGCACCGGUCUUCUCUUGGCGGCGGCGGCGGCAUCCGUCCGCGCUGCCUGCGACUGGAAGAACGUCCACACUGGAGGCGGUGGAGGCUUCGUCCCGUCCAUUGUUUUCCACCCGACCGAGAAGGGCGUCGCUUACGCCCGCACCGAUAUUGGCGGCGUUUACCGUCUCAACGAUGACGAUUCCUGGACGCCCAUCACCGACGCCAACGGCUUCGCCCACGAUGCGAACUGGAACAGAUGGGGCAUUGACGCUUUGGCUCUUGAUCCCGCGGAUGCGAACAAUUUGUACAUUGCCACAGGAAUGUACACCAAUGACUGGGAUCCCAAGAACGGCAGCAUUGCACGCAGCUCCGACAAGGGCCAGACCUGGGAGGUCACCACACUCCCCUUCAAGGUCGGCGGUAACAUGCCCGGCCGCGGAACUGGCGAGCGCCUCGCCGUUGACCCCAAGAACCCAAAGAUUCUUUACUUCGGUGCUAGAAGCGGCAACGGCCUCUGGAAGUCCACAGACGCCGGCGCUACUUUCUCCAAGGUAUCCUCCUUCGAGGCUGUCGGUACAUUCCGCCCCGGUCCUGAGGGUGACGCCUACAACGGCGACCUCCAGGGUCUCACCUUUGUUACAUUCGACGAGACAUCCGAGGCCGUAGACGGAGCCACUUCCAGAAUCUUCGUCGGUACGGCCGAUAACACCACCGCUUCGGUCUAUGUUAGCACUGACGCUGGUGCUACUUGGAACCCUGUUGCGGACCAGCCUGCCAAGUUCUUCCCCCACAAGGCUAGACUCUCGGUUGCCGAGAAGGUCAUCUACUUCACCUACUCUGACGGCACUGGCCCUUACGAUGGCACUCAGGGUGCUGUCUACAGAUACGACCUCACUUCCGGAAAGUGGACUGACAUCACCCCUGCCUCUGGCAGCGAUCUUUUCUACGGAUUCGGUGGUCUUGCUGUUGAUGCGCAGAAGCCUGGCACCAUCGUUGUCGCCACCUUGAACAGCUGGUACCCCGAUGCGCAGCUUUUCCGCUCCACCGACUCUGGUGCCACCUGGAAGAAGAUCUGGAACUGGGGAGCUGACGGCAAGGUCGCACCUCAGUACACCAUCGGUGCCAAGAACGCGCCUUGGAUUGAGACCAACUUCUUGGACAUUGACACCAAGAAGCUCGGCUGGAUGAUCGAGUCCCUUGAGAUUGACCCCCACGACAGCGAUAGAUGGUUCUACGGUACCGGUCUCACCAUCUACGGCGGCCACGAUUUGACCAACUGGGACAACAACAAGACUGUAACCAUUGAGAGUCUUGCUUCCGGUAUUGAGGAGAUGUCCGUGUCCAGCUUGGCCAGUGCUCCUGGCGGUACUGAACUCCUGGUUGCUACUUUGGACAACAACGGAUUCACGUACGACUCGGUCGCCUCUCUUGACACUGCCCCCAAGACCGCUUGGACCAACCCCUGGUGGGCAAGCAGUGUCUCUGUCGACUUUGCUGGAAACGAUAACUCCAAGGUAGCCCGUAUCGGCAAGGUGACUGGCACUCCCCAACUGGCCCUUAGCAGUGAUGGCGGUGCUACCUGGGCUGUCGUUAAUGCUACUGGUAACACGGCCGCCGAUGGUACCGUUGCCUACUCUGCCGACGGUGACGUUGUUCUUUGGUCUACCUUGAACGAGGGUGUCCUUGUCUCUCGUAACCAGGGCAAGCUGGAGAACGUUACUCUUCCUGCCAGCAGCGUCAUUGCCAGCGACAAGAAGAACGGCACUGUCUUCUACGCCGGCUCCAAGGCGACCUUCUACAUCUCCACUGACAGCGCGGCCACUUUCACCGCAUCAACUGGCUCUGUCUUUGGCAAUGCCACAGAAAUCCGCCACAUCACUGCCCACCCAACUCAAUCCGGUGAGAUCUGGGUCUCAACUGACGCCGGCAUCUUCCACAGCACGACUUACGGACAAACCUUCACUGCUCUGCCCUCCAGCCCCUCCAACGCCCACGCCGUCUCUGUCGGCAAGGGAGACGGUACCAACUGGAAUUUGUAUGCCUUUGGAAACGGAUCUGAGGGUCACAAGCUCUACGGCAGCGCUGAUGCUGGUGUCACCUGGAAUGAUAUCCAAGGCUCCCACAGCUUCGGAGCUAUCGAUAGCGCUGCUCUUGUCGGCUCUGCUAACGAGGCCAAUGUCGUCUAUGUUGGUACCAACGGACGUGGUGCCCAAUACAGCUCGUGCCAGAUUUCCAACUCUACCGCUUCUGCUGCUAGCCACGCCAGACGGCACUUGCGGGGACGUCCUAUGAGGCUUGGAAGAGCCCCCCACAAGCACAUGCAUUAA